AUGAACAUAUUCUUCUUGUCCAUGUCUCCAAGCGAAGCGGCAAAAUACCACGCGAAUAUCCACGUGGUGAAGAUGAUUGUUGAGACUGCCCAACUAUUGUGCAAUGUGCAUCAUCGUGCUCGAGAGGCCUCCAGCUGCGAUCCGCCCUACUUCACCCCGAGGCAAAUUCCCUACAAGGAGUCUCGGGCUGGGCAUCGAAAACUGGGAUCCAUGAUUUGGGUCGCAGAGUCUUUGGGCAACUACCGCUGGGCGCUUCGCUUGGGCCUCGCCCUGUGCCGGGAGUACCGCCUGGGCCGCGGGCGUAGCAAGAAGAAGCCCCAGGCAACACACGCCUCUGAGGAGGUGCUGAGGUGGUUGAAGGAGCACGAGCCCAACUUCCGCAGAACACGGCGGACGAAGGUGGCCCAGCAUCAUCUAGCAAUGCCAGAGGAGUUCAAGUUGGCCAAGAGCGCUGUGGAGGCUUAUCGAGACUACUACUUCUCGAAGCGCAAGACGAUGAACAUGGAGUGGCCAGAAGGACAAGUGCCCAAGUGGUGGUCGGAGCGCCAGCGAAGAUAUCAGGUCUUGAUGGCUGAUGGCCAUGCCAACUACACCGUGGUCACAAAGGAGGCCUCCGCCACCGCGGAGCGCCGGAAGAUCGACGUGGAGUCUGAGGCCUUGACGAUUAUCAAGAACAGCUUGCAUUUGAGCCCUCAAGGCCUGGUGCUCUAUCAGCAGUAUGGUGCCUUAGAUGAUUUGGAAGAGGCCUCCUUGAUGUAUGGCUUUGGAGCUCAGCAAACCUUGCUGAAACCCAACUGA